CUUGAUUGACUCUGUCUCACUUGUAAAAAUAAUCAUUUCUGAUGUGGAAUGAUUGACCCCCGAUCUCAUAGGCUUUCAAAUUGGUAACAUCUCUCCCGAUGACCCCACCAUAACUUUUCAUACCCAGUGCCUGAAGUGUACCUCCAAUAACUUGGCAACCCACAACUUCGACACCUUUCGAAGACGACACAUCAUGGCGGACGCGGAGCUAGACGCAAUCAGAAAAGCGCGCCUUCAACAGCUCAAGGCGCAAGGCGGGGCAGGUAGCCAAGGCGGUGCGGGCGGCGGCCCAGCAGGACAAGGCCAAGGUCAGGAACAACAGAAACAGCAAAUCGAGACUAACACUGACAAUCACCACUCCACAGCCGAAGCCCGCCAAAGUAUACUAAACCAGAUCCUCCACCCCGAAGCGGCGGACCGACUGGGUCGCAUCCGGCUCGUCAAGGAGCAGCGCGCGACCGAUGUGGAGAACCGACUCAUUAUGCUGGCACGGACUGGGCAGCUCAGACAGAAGGUCACAGAGGAACAGCUCAAGGAGCUGCUGAAUGCCGUGGCGGAUACCAAGGAGGAGGAGAAGAUUGUGGUCAGUCGACGGAAGGGGUGGGACGAUGAUGACGAUGAUCUGUUUGAUCUGUAG